AUGUCCGUCCGGGUCAUCAUCUACGCCUACCGCAAACCGGGCCUCGACCUCCAAACCUUCAAGGAGCGCUACGAAGCCCACAUUGGGCUAGUUAAGCGUCUCUCCGGCGACGACUUCCCCCUCUCCCACAAGCGUAUGUACGUUGCGCGCACUACAAUUGAGCAACCUCAAGCCGGGGAGGGCAACAGCAACAACUCGAAUCGCAAUGCCCUCACGCCUGCCACCGUUCUCGUCGGCCAGCAGACAGAUUUCGACUUUGAUGCCUACGCAGAACUCACUUUCGCGGACCAGGCUGCCUUCCAGACGUUUUCCGCUAAGGUAAUGGCCCCUGAAGCGGCAGCGCAGAUUGCGGCGGAUGAGGAAGGAUUUUUGGACCGGAAUGAGGCGGGGUGUCGCUAG